GUCUCUCUCUCUCUCCCCCUCUCCCCCCACUAUCUCUGGCAAGUCUCUCUCUCUCUCUCUCUACUGUAACCACAGACGAAAAUGGCGGCAUCUUCUAGAAAAUCGAGCGGACCAGUGCUCCGCUCUCUCUCUCCUUCCGGCAGAUUCUACAAUCGUCACUCCUCUUCGACUUCGUCUUCUUCUUCCUCAGCUUUCGCAUCUUCCACCUCCAGCUUCUUUAGCCGUUCCAUCUCACCCACUCGUGUCAAUCUCUGUGGUCCAUCUUCCUCGGUUCCCUCCGUUCGAUUCUCACUCGACCGUUCCACCUCUCCGAACCGCUCCAUCUCCGUGACGCCUCGCGCCGGCGCCUCAAGUUCUGGCCAGGCGGUGAAGAGGCAGAGCCAGCAGAAGCGAACCUGUAUGUGCUCCCCUACCUCGCAUCCUGGUUCCUUCCGAUGCAGCCUUCACAAGAAUUUCGGCUCUAAUUCGGUGGCUCCGUAUUCGCCAAACAGGCUCAACGCGCGCAGAUCGGCGAUGACGAACUCGGUGGUGAGAAUUGGCGGCGUGGAAGGGGAUUUGGUGAAGAGGGCCUUGGCUGCGUUGAUUCGGCCGUCGUCGCAUCAGCAGAGAAGGCGAGCGGAUUUCCGGCCGAGACCAAGUAGGCUUUCCGUCAUGUCCAAGGCUGAAGAUUCUUGAGCAGUGGCAUCGGUAGCUGCUUAUUGAUCCUUUCGAUUCCUUCAACAUUCUCGGAGAGUUUCCGGUCGAGAAAGUUGGCUUCAAAUUCUGGCUUUGAGAUCUGACAUAUGCAAGGAAGAGAUUCGGCACGGACCUUUUUUGUUUACCGGAAACCGAAAUCCGAUAGAGAACUGAAUAUUAUAUAUAUAUAUAUAUAUAUAUAUAUAUAUGCACAUUAUGUCCAUACAUAUCUAGAACAGGUAGUAGUCAGAGUCAGGGACUGCUGUUAAUGGUGAUCCUGGGAGCUUUUGGACCGAAUUCCAUCUAACCAAUUGUACAUAACUAAGAUUUUGUUAAAAAAAAUUUAACUUAUUCUGACAUAAAUUUACUUUGAUCA